AGGAAUGAAGGUUGGUUCUUGUCUUGAAAUAGACGUCAGACAACGAUGCUCGAUUAUUACAUCAAGGGGUUUGUCGCAGGGCGCUCGCCUCGAAUGCUGAAACAACGUACCCGGCAUUCAUGCGCCCCCCAUCCUUACAUACAUAUCUGCUCUAUUCCAAAGAAAAGCCGGUCGACCCCUGCAAUGUCGAAGCCAUUGAAAGAAUUUCUCCUCUCCAUACCGUGAAGGCAUUGGUUGACUGUUCUGGUUCCCGCGCAGCGAUCAACAACAGCGAAGAUCGACGCCGGCCGUCUAUCAACGCUCUUGGCAAAUAACUACGAUCUGUUUAUGUUGACACCAUUCUACUCGACCGUAUACUGCUCCCUGUCUGAAGCAAAUGUCGUCAAUGAAAGUGCCCAUCGAUGGUCUCCCCAGCGACCUUAGAUGGGGAGACGCAUUGCGGCUGAUAGUGGUGACUUUCCUCGCUAUCUCCUGGUACAAUGUAAUCGAACUGGUUGCCUUGGCCCUUUCUACAUUUCGCCAAUGGAGGGGACUAUACUUCUGGAGUCUUCUUAUCUCAUCGUUCCUGGGGGUUAUGCCAUAUUCCCUGGGCUUCAUGCUGAAGUACUUCAGCAACACCAAUUCCUUCAUAUCUGUCACUAUCCUAACUGCCGGCUGGUGGGCGAUGGUGACGGGUCAGGCACUCGUGUUAUAUUCGAGGUUACAUCUCGUCCUCCAGGAUGAUUGGAUCCUUCGUCGAGUCCUCUAUAUGAUUUGCGCGAACGUAGUAUUUCUUCACGUCCCGACUACAGUUCUGACCUACGGCUCCAAUAUCCCUCACGGGCCACAACUUUUCCGCGAGGCCUACGGAGUCAUGGAGAAGAUUCAGAUAACUGGCUUUACUGUCCAGGAAGCAAUCAUCUCUGGACUCUACGUCAUCGAAAGCGUCAGGCUUCUCCGCAUCGGCUCGGAGAAGGAAGAUCGCAAAACUAUUUAUCAACUGGUUGGAAUCAAUAUUUUCAUAGUCCUCAUGGACAUUCUUCUCCUCAGUCUCGAAUACGCCGACUACUACGCUCUUCAAGUGACGCUGAAGGGGACUAUUUACAGCCUGAAGUUGAAGCUCGAGUUUGCGAUCCUUGGGAGGCUGCUAGAAGCUAUUCGACGAGGAUCAGGUUCCAACGUCAGGCUCCAAAGCUUCCAUUCUCUCGGGAACGCACCUAUCGUUCCCCAUGGACAUCCUUACUCUGACGGAGAGUCCGCGACAGACAUCAUGACCACUCAGAGAACGAAUUCGACUACUGAAAGGAACCACAUUUCUCAAGGGAAACUCCUCGGAACGAAACACUUUACUACCUGGAUAGAGAAACGACAGCCCACCAGGAAGCCGUCAUAUCUCAGCUGUAUAUACUAAUCUCAGCCAAAAGCAUUGUGCAAUAAUAUCUACGGUCUGUCACGAAAUUCAAUAGUUAUGAUCAAUAUAGUAUACGACAAAACAAUAUGUGCCGCAUCCGACUCACGGAGAAAACAUACCAGGGCUCAAUGGUCGUUCUGCGAGACUGAGCUGUCUCGAUUUACU